ACCGGUGCCUCUUGUGCUGGUCGAGGAUCCAUCGCCCGAGCUCGAUACACCGGUUCCACAGAAAACCCCCGGGAAUUCCCGCUUCUAUCGCCCGAUCCUGCUCAGCGUUCUUCUUUUUGCGCCAUCCUCCGUCCUCUGCCAGCACUCGGCAAUCAACUCUCUCUCUCUGUGCUGUAAACCCUAGGAAGCUUUCCAUGGAAGCCAUUCCAGCUUCUCCCUCUCGUAGAUUGUAAUUUUCUCUUUUUUCGUCGAAAGAGAUGGCGGGAGUUUCCUGGUUGCAGAUCCAUGGUUGCGGGACUCGCCUACCUCGCCUAGACUCCGCUACCUACCUCUCCCCUCCCAUUCCGAAACGCCGCAAAGAUGCGAGGGUUGUGAGGAUCCGGGCGAGUUCAUCUUCGGAGGAGGACCGGAGCUCCGGCGGCGGGAGGAACCCGCUGUCUCUGGUUCUGGAUGUCCCCAGGGCCAUCUGGAGGCAGACGCUGCGUCCGUUGGGUGAUUUUGGUUUUGGGAGGAGGAGCGUCUGGGAAGGAGGUGUUGGGUUGUUUGUCGUAUCGGGGACGGUGCUCCUUGCCCUCUCUCUGGCCUGGUUGAAGGGUUUCCGAUUGAGGUCUAGCUUGAAAAAAUAUGAAGCAGUAUUCGAGUUCUCUCAGGCGUGCGGGAUAUGCACCGGGACCCCCGUGAGAAUCAGGGGGGUCAAUGUGGGUACUGUUGUUAAAGUUAAUCCUUCGUUGAAGAGUAUCGACGCCGUUGUCGAGGUUGAUGAUGAGAAAACUGUCAUACCUAGAAAUUCCUUGGUUGAGGUAAACCAGUCUGGUCUUCUUAUGGAGACGAUGAUUGAUAUUACACCACGAGAUCCAAUCCCAACUCCAACAGUUGGUCCCCUUGAUCCAGAUUGUGACAAAGAAGGGCUGAUUGUAUGUGAUCGUCAGAGACUAAAGGGAGGACAAGGGGUGAGCUUGGACACAUUGGUUGGAAUAUUUAUCCGCCUGGGGCAAGAGAUGGAAGAAAUUGGUGUAUCCAAUACAUACAAGUUGGCGGAAAAAGUCUCAAUCGCCAUUGAGGAAGCAAAGCCACUACUUGCAAAGAUGGAGGCCAUGGCUGAAGAUGUUCAACCUUUGUUGACCAAGGUUCAUGAUGGUGAUCUACUCAAGAAUGUAGAAAAUUUGACCAGAUCCCUGGCUGAAGCUAGUGAGGAUCUUAGGCUGGUGCAUUCUUCCAUUUUGACUCCUGAAAACACAGAGCUUCUUCGCCAGUCCAUUGCUACUCUUAUAUUCACUUUGAAGAACAUUGAGAGUAUAACGUCUGAUAUUUCUGGCUUUACUGGUGAUGAGGCAACCAGGCGUAACCUUAAAUUGCUCAUUAGAUCACUUAGUCGUCUUCUAUAACAACAAGGACUUGUGUAUCUCCAGCAGAUCAGAUGAAUGGAGCAUUUUUUUUUCCACAAGUGAAUUCUGUCAGCAGCGUGCCCCUUGUGCAAGGGAAUGGAGGAAAGAAAAAGGCAAAAGGUGGCCCACCUCCCAAAAGCAAGAGGAAGAACGUAUAUUUCCUGUUUCCGCCACAUUUCUUCUCUCCAUUGAUGACUAUUAGUUCAAAAAAAUGAGGUUGCUGAGGGAAACCAAAUUCUGUUCAGAAUUAAAUGGUAUGACUGCAUGGUCGAAAUCUGUUUAGGAUUGAUAAGAGUUUGCUUGGUGUUGCAUUCUCUAUUUCAUUAUUUGUUACAUACCCACUCCGGAAGCUAGAAAAACGAUACGAUUUAUUCAUGUAGGCCUGUUUCUGUAUAGGUCAAAACAUGAUGUGAAUAGCUGGUUUUAUCAGCCUGAAGAUUAGCAUCUAUUUUUGGUUGCUUGUUUAA